AUGGCAGGAGUCAUGAGCAACCCAGGAGAGGACAGUGAGAGGGUGGACAGCGAGAGGGUGGACAGUGAGAGGGUGGACAGUGAGAGGGUGGACAGUGAGAGGGUGGACAGUGAGAGGGUGGACAGUGAGAGGGUGGACAGUGAGAGGGUGGACAGUGAGAGGGUGGACAGUGAGAGGGUGGACAUGAAGAGCAUGACCUUUCUCGCAAUCGCCCUCCAGAUGAGACCAAAGGGCUAG